AUGAUGCCGGCUCCCCACGUGUACGGCCACCACCAAUUCAACCCCCAAGCCGACUCGGCGGCGUGGAUGCACCAGCAGUCAAAUCAGCACCAUCAUGCCCAGCAAGCUGCAGCUGCUGCCGCCUCCGCUGUUCAGCAGCAGCAGCAGCAACAUUACAACAGACUCGCCGGCGCCCACUCGGCUGUUCCUUCCCUUGGCAACGCCCAUGCCCAAGAUGGUGGCCACGACAACAUAUCUGAGGACAACCGGAGGACCAUGUCCUAUAUUGCCGACUUGUUGAACGAGAGCACUCGCGAGACUGCCCUGCUGGAGCUGAGCAAGAAGCGGGAGCAGGUUCCAGAGCUAGCCCUGAUUCUCUGGCACUCAUUUGGAGUCAUGACCUCGCUAUUGCAGGAGAUCAUCUCUGUCUACACUCUGCUGAACCCCUCGCAACUCACAGCCGCGGCUUCCAACCGCGUAUGCAAUGCGCUGGCGCUCCUCCAGUGUGUUGCCUCUCACAACGACACGCGCACGUUGUUCCUAAACGCCCAUAUUCCCUUGUUCCUCUACCCGUUCCUUAAUACGACAUCGAAAUCGAGGCCAUUUGAAUACCUACGACUGACUUCCUUGGGCGUUAUCGGCGCUCUUGUGAAGAACGACUCCUCAGAGGUCAUCAACUUCCUCCUGACCACUGAGAUCAUCCCGCUCUGCCUGCGCAUCAUGGAGACAGGUUCGGAGCUUAGCAAAACUGUGGCCAUUUUCAUUGUGCAGAAGAUAUUGCUCGACGACAACGGCCUGAACUACAUAUGCGCCACAUACGAACGAUUUUAUGCGGUCGGAACUGUUUUGAGCAACAUGGUCGCUCAGCUCGUGGAACAGCAAACCGCUCGGCUUCUUAAACACGUUGUGCGAUGUUUCCUUCGGUUAGUACCCCCAACUCCAUCGUGA